AUGAAGGAUGAUCUCAGUGAAUGUUUUCUCUGCUGUAUGAAGGAGGAGAUGAUAAAAGCUGAUGAUAAAAGUUCAAGCAGCUGGUUUUGUUGUCUCUCUCUCUCUCUGACUCUUUCCAUACAUUUCUUUCUCUUUCUCCCUCCUUCUGUAUAUCUUUGUUUCUCAAUUAUUCUUUCUCAUAACAUUUCAUUGGCUUUCUCUCUAUUUUUACUUCUCCAUUGCUUUCUCUAUUGCUUUUUGUAUUUCUCUUUUUCUGUACUGCUUGCAUUCUCUCUUACUAAAUCACUUUUUCUUUCUUUUUCUUUCUUUUUCUUUCUUUUUUUUGUCCCUUCUCAGUAUUUCUCUCUAUUUAGAGGAGGAAUAUUGCUUAAUUUCUGUUUCAACAUUUAUUUCUAUCUCUGUCUCUGUUUCCAUAAAUUUUCCUUUUUCUCUGUCUCUUUCUUUCUCUAUUUCUUUCAAUUUUUUCCUUCAUCACUCUCUCUCUCUUUUCAUUUUUUUCUCUUUAACUCUUUAUUUUUAUAUUUUUUUUUCUCCCAAAUUUCUCUUUCUGUAUUUUUGCUGUUUUUCUUAAUGUUUCUUUUUUUACCUCAUUGUGUUAUUUUUCACUUUCUCUAUCUUUCUUUCUUUUUUUUUUAUCUUUUUGUAUCUCUUCUCUGUUUUUUCUCUUUCUAUACUUUUCUUUCUCUCACUUUUUCUCUUUUUUCCAUCUUUCUUUCUAUCUCUGCUUCCAUAUCCCCUCCUUUAUUCCUCUUUCUAUAUCUCUUCUUUUUUCUCUUCUUUAUCUCCUCAUUCUCCUUCUAUACUUUUUCCUUUGUCUUCUCUCUGUACUGUUUCAUCUCCCUCUACAUCUAUCUUUCUCUCUGCAUAUCUCUUCACUUUUCUCUCUAUUUCCGUAUCUCUUUCUUUCUCUCUCCAUAUAUUAUAUUCUCUGCUGAAGCAAUGGAAUUGUUGUCUGUCUGUCUGUCUCUGUCUGUAUCUUUUUGCUUCUCUCACUUUUUUCGUAUUGCUUCAUUUCUCCUUUUCUCUUUUUCUCUUCAUCUCUUCUCUGCUUCUGUAUGUUUACCCCUCUCUCACUUUUCCUUGUUGCUUCAUCCCUCACUCUCCAUUUUUCUUUCUAUCUUCCUCUUUCUCUAUUUCCAUAUUUUUUCCUUUCUCUCUUUCUCUUCAUAUCUUCUCUCUCACUAUUUUUGCCCUUCUCUCACUUUUUCUCAUUUCUUUAUCUAUCACUUUCCAUUUUUCUUUCUCUCUUACUCUUUUCCUUUAUUUUCAUCUCACUUUCUCUUCAUAUUUUCUCUUUUCCCUUUGUAG